CCAAAUAUCACUCAAAACAUCACUUCUUGUAACAUAACUGGUAAAACAUUGAUGAUAUACAUCACACGGACGUCUGGCAACGCGCAUAUGGACGUGUGCGAAGUGGAUGUAUAUGGCUGCUUUUCAAAUAAGUAUGGUGAUCAGUGUGAAAACAAUUGUAACUGUAAACACGGCUGUGAUCCUGACAGCGGAGUGUGUGAUUCGCCAUAUUGUAACGCCGGCUGGAGUGGAUCAAGAUUUUGUGACCAGCCUUGUUCACAAGUUACAUUUGGAGAGAAUUGUCUACAGAGAUGUCAUUGUAAGACGCCGGGAUGUAACAGUCAGAACGGUGUCUGUCUCAUACCAGGCUGUCAGGCUGGUUACUCCGGUGCAAGUUGCAGCCAGGAAUGCGUUGUUCCUUAUUUUGGAAACAAUUGUGCCUCACAGUGUAGAUGUAGAACACAUGGUUGUAAUCAUAUUGAUGGGGCAUGUACAGUACCCGGAUGUCAGAUAGGGUGGAUGGGGUCAUCAUGCUCAACACAAUGCCAACCAGGAUAUUUUGGAGCUAAUUGUUCGAAACAAUGUCAUUGCAAAGACGCUGGAUGUAGUCAUGUGGCAGGAAACUGCUCGUCAUCAGGAUGUCUGCCCGGAUGGAGAGGAAAUACGUGUAGCGAAAGUUGUGGUACGGGGAGUUUUGGAGAAAAAUGUUCCCUGGCUUGUCCUGUGACGUGUAAAGACUUCGUGUGUCAUCACGAAACUGGCCACUGCUUGGAUUGCUAUCCUGGAAAGUACGGAGUGGUGUGUGGAGCUGAUUGUCCGGACACAUGUACAGACAACAUCUGUAAUAAGGACGAUGGACAAUGUUUAACCACUGCCGAUUCUAACCUGACUAUAAUAGCUGCCCUGUCUGCUGUUUGUGGGCUUCUUUUAGCUGCACUGAUCGCCUUAACAGUAGUGAUAUGCUUUCUGCGAAGAAGACCAAACAGAAAGAAGUCGUCAGAUAAGGAAACAGAACAAUCCGUCCCAGAUACCGGUUAUACAUCUAUUACCCCUCGUCCAGAGGAAACUCCCAACGUCUAUGAAAUGGUGGUUACCUAAAACACAAGCCAGUGUCAGCUACUCAGUUUGUAAUAACAGAAAAAUACAAUCUUUACAAUUCCAUUUGAAAAAAGGUAUACAUGGAGGAACUUAAAUCAUUUCCUCAAUCUCCAGCAGUGAUCACAUUUAAAUUAGCAUCAAAGUCCUUGAUAAUUGAAAACAUCACUGCAGUGUCGUGAACACGAGCAUCGAUCACAUCUCAAGACUCGGCGAGACGUCCUAACUGGACCAUUACUGUUGAUAGGACAUUAACAAGAAUAAUACAAUUUGAUAUAUCCAUCAGUAUAUAGAAAUGCAUUUAUGUCGAAUUUCGUAUAUUAAAGUGCAUUUGUAGAUAACUAUGUUAGAUC